UCACGAAAUCACGUUGUCGAAGCAACGUCACGUGACACACACGAGGAAAGCAACCAGGAAGUGAGACGCGGGCAGAAAGACGAUUCACAGCGGAGCAGGUAUUGAGAUGGCGACCGCCAAGAAACUAACAGACAAUCACCUGACCUGUGUCAUCUGUACUGAGGUGUUCACAGACCCAGCCACACUUCAGUGUCAUCAUACAUUCUGUAAGUCCUGUCUGCUGAAAUACACCAAGACACAGCCUGAAGCAGUACAAGCCAAGUCCAUCCCAUGUCCCUCGUGUAGACAACUGACGAAGGUGACCACCCUUGACAGUCCAGUAGAGGAGUGGGUCAGUCAGCUGAAACCAAGCCACGUCAUACAGGGGCUGAUGGACGACUUUGGACCAGGGGCAGAAGCUGCCGAUGCAAAUGUCUGCAGUGUUUGCAAAACACAAGGGAAGACAACUCCUGCCACAUCAUGGUGCUCCGUCUGUGACGAGGUCUUCUGUGAUGGAUGUCUGAAGAUGCACAACAUCAUGCCAAUGUCACGUGACCAUGACGUUGUGGAUGUGUUAAAUGCUACCAAGAGAAAAGCUAGGCAUCGCUUUAUGUGUAAAACACACAAAGACAAACAGAUAGAGUUGUUCUGUAAAGAUUGUAAGAUGGCCAUUUGUCAUACAUGCUGCAGUAUAAAACAUAGGAAAUGUGACGAUGUUGAUACCUUAGAUAAUAUGACUCCUCUUGUUAGAGAACACCUGUCAAAUCAAAACCAAGAACUGAAAAUCAAAAUGACAACUUCAGAAAAUAUAACCAUCUUAAGGAAAUUUCAAAUCAAAGAAUUUCAGACAAAUGCGCAAAAUAUUAAAGAUGAAAUCAGAAAUAUACGUCAGAGAGUGGUAGAAGUCAUUUUAAGCAAGGAAAAACAACUACUUGAUAAAGUCGACCGAUCAUCCGAUGAACAAUUACAUGAAUUACAAGCAGAAAUAAAAUCCCAGGAGAUUGAGCUGCAGAUGUACCAGCAGCAGUAUGAGUUCACAGCCAAUGCUGUGACGUCCAACUGUGAGAGGGACAUGUAUGCUGUCUACGAGUCGGUGGGUGAGGCGUCUACAGACAACGGAGACACGGGCAACAGACUAGCAGCAGGAAGGGUUGUAUUCACACACGACAUGGACAAGCUGAGUAAAGCAGUGGAAGAGCUACAGCUGGGGGAGGUUGCAGUUGUCCGUGGUGUGAGUGACCGCCAGUCUACCCCUGUUCUACAUCACACUAUUGACUUUGUGUCGGACGGUGGUAAGAGGGAUAUUCAUUUGAAUGACGUCACAGUGUUGACUGUUGGUGAUAUUACAGUAACAAUAGUUGCAGAUUACCAUAACAAGAGCCUCAAAACAUAUCACACAUCAGACCCAAACACGCUUGGUAAUCUACUGCUUUCUAAUUGGCCUUGGCAAAUAGCAAAGUUAAGUGAGAGUCAGAUAGCUGUCAGUGUUCCAUCGAGUAAGGAGAUAGUUACAGUGAAUGUUACCCCAGAUCCUGUAUUGCUGUCAACAAUCAAGACAAGCAAGAUGUACUUCGCUCUGUCCACUCUGAGUCCUUCACAGCUGGCGGCGGGUACAUGUAGACAGCCUCACUCUGUGGACAUACUGGACAUGACAGGGAGGAUACUGAAGUCUAUCAACACCGGUGUCAUAAGGAGUCCAGACUAUAUCCAUGUCACCAGUAAUAACAACUUAAUAGUCAGUGAAAGACGAGUUAACUCCCUUGUAUGUGUGACCAGUGAAGGAGAAGCUGUUUUCACCUACACUCCCACAGCAGACAGAGCUUGGACAUGGCCUUGGGGUAUCACAACAACCAGCACAGGAGAUAUCCUGCUUGUAGACAGAGACUCCCACAAGGUGAUUAAGCUGACAGAGUCGGGGCAGUUUGUCAGAGAUGUCCUCACACAUCAGGAUGGUCUGAAAGAUCCCCGUGGUAUCUGUCUUGAUGGGAACGGGUUUCUGUAUGUUACAUGUGGCCGAUGUGUCAGCGUAUUUAAAUUUAAAAAAACUGUGAAGUGAGACAUGUCUACAUAUGUACAUGGUUAAGAACAUGAGAGGAUUCCUCCUUUACGGCAAUUUCCGAUCUUGUUCAUUGCUUUCAACAGUAAUUCACAUAGUUAAGAUAUUACAUCCACUAUUGGAACGGAAUGUCACAGAGAGAAGGCCUAUCUCAUGGCAGUACCUGAGAUCACGUGACCUGAGUCCGCUCACCUAAAACAGGUGAUGUUAUUUACUGUUGUAUAGUAUAUGUUUGAGGUGUGUAGUUGGUCAGUCCCCUGGCUUCUUAAAAUAUUUAAUCUUGAUUGAAUCCCUUCGUGUGUGCUGAUACAUGUGUUAGUCGUUGCUCUAAUGUUUUAUUUGACCUUCUUGCAGAAAUGUCCAGCAAUUCAUAACGUAAGCGUACUACCAGGAAACUGUGAUGUUUAUGUUUGAUCACAUGAAAUAUAUAAUACUUAACAAUACUUUGUCUACUACAGCAACUUGUCACGGUUCCCUCAGAGUUUGAAAUUAAUUUCUAACCGCUUUCGAUUCGUUAAGGGGGGAUAAUAAGUAGCGGAUGCCUUCAGAACUGUUGAAGUACUAUUAAGUUCGAUCACUAUUAUCGACAGAUUCUAAAUAAUAUGACGGACGCGCUAGUGAUUGGAGUUGCCGUAAAAGAUCACAAUACCAACACUGAUCAACCAUAAAAAACUCCAGCAUAGAAAAAAUAUUGUAUUACUUUUCUUAAAGUUUCCGCACCGUUUCAGUUUGAUUUAUGUUCAAGGCAGACGGAGCUUUCACACACAUUUAGAAACAUUCUCGUAUAAUCCCUUUACCUCCUCACCAUCUCUGAGCAUUAUAGGCAACACACGUAGUAAAACUAUAUACUAAUAAGGGGUUGCCGAGAUAAGUAUUGCCGAUAUAUUCAAACAAUUCAGUUGCAAAAUUAGUGAUUAGAAUACAUCACUGAACAUCAGUAAAUAACUAAUUAUUACACUUUUGAGUUAAGGAACGUUACUGAGGAAUUUCCUAUUACGACACUUUGUCAGUUUUCUAUCGCAGUCAUUAAAUUCGACGCUUUGUUCCACUUUGGGCUUUCUUUCCAUUAAGCUGACACAUGGUGACAUAACCGAAAUACUCUUCAAAGUAGCGUUAACACUCAACCUACUAUGCAAUUUAUUAACAUUGCAAAGUGUUUACAAUGCUUCCACAUUUGGUGGGUAGACAGUUGUCAGGAUUCCUAUUUGUCUAGAUCCUUACAUUAAACAGGUACAACUCCUAAUACUACAGCAACUAAACAUAUAUCUUCUUAA